UUCAAACAAAGAGAGAGAGAGAUAGAGAUGGCGACGUCGGGAACAUACGUGACAGAGAUACCAUUGAAAGGAACGGCGGAGAAACACUACAAGAAGUAUAGGAACGAGAACCAUCUCUUCCCUGACGCUAUCGGCCACCACGUCCAAGGUGUUACUGUUCACGACGGCGAAUGGGACUCUCACGGAAGCAUCAAGAUUUGGAACUACACCUUAGAUGGAAAGGAAGAGGUAUUGAAGGAGAGGAGAGAGAUGGAUGAUGAGAAUAAGACAAUGAAGGUUAUAGGACUGGAAGGUCACCUAAUGGAGCAGUUCAAGGUGUAUGAAUUCGACAUCCAGUUUAUACCCAAGUCUGAAGAUGAUUGCGUCUGCAAGAUCUCUAUGAGGUGGGAGAAGCACAACGAUGAAUCCCCUGAACCAAGUGGCUACAUGAAAUUCCUCAAGAGCAUGGUUGUUGACAUGGAAGACCACGUUCUCAAAGCUUAAUCAAGCAUCAUCAUUGCAUUGUCGUCAUCAUCAUCAAUUCAUCAUCCCAAUAUAUUAAUAAUGUUGUUUUCAAUAAUGUAUGAUAAAUGUGAUGCUUAAUUUCUGAAUACAGUAUUGUUUGGUUUUCA